AUGGAGCGCACAUAUAUUCAGGAAAAUAAGCAAGCGCGACUUCAAGCACUGGGCGAAGAAUGGGGUAUAACUAGUCAACCUCCUCCGUCACCCUUGCCGAGGCCUGAUCAGCCGCCAUCCUACCGGACAGAUAACGAUGAGUUUAUAGCAGAAGAGUUACUUAAGAGACAGCGCAUUAGCGAAUCUCAAGGUCACCAGCCGAAGGGGAGUAUCUCGCGUGCCUUCACAACAAAAAAGAAGACAUGGGAAUACCGAGAAAUUUAUAGCACCCUCGUGGCUCAUAUUACGAACCAAGGAUCACCAGGCGUUGCCGAAUGCCUAAUACUCAAGUUAAAUCUAGCUGGAGGGAACCUCAACUUGGCGCAGAAGAGUCGAACUAGUUUAUUAAGCAGAAGAAAGAGUCUCGAUCUAGCCGAACGCAGCCAAGUGCUCCAAAUAGCCGUCAAGAAUGGCCAUUAUGAAAUGAUCGAGGUUCUUUUGCCCUACGCUGAUGCUUUAAGCUUAGAUACCGCAUUGCCAACUGCGAUUCGUGGUGGAAACGCGGCGAUUGUCGCACUUCUCAUAAGAUAUGGCGCGAGUGUAGCUCAGACUGCCGACGGACAAGAUGCAUUUCGACAGGUAUGCGCCAUUGGUGGCCAGCCCGAUCUAGUCGCGCUUAUUCUGGGAUCCGACGGACGGCCGUCAUUGUCGUGGAUGUCACAAUCCAUGGUUGAGGCAGCGAGGGUUGGGUGUCUGGGUACAGUAAUGCACCUCGGCCAGUCAACAGCAGACGCCCAACCCGGUCUUAACGAGGCGUUUGACCAGCUCAUGAGUCACCAAAACAUCAAUCCCAACGAAAAGAUGGCCAUGGCGGAGAUUUUGUUGUGCGCCGGGGCGGAAGGUGAUCUGGUAUCGAAAGCCCUGGUACAAUCGUGCGCCACUUACUUUCUCGAAAUGGUGCAUCUCUUGGUCUCUUAUGGUGCAUCAAUCGAAUAUCAGGAUGCGAUCGCUGUUCGCAAAGCUGUCUCAAAGGGAAAAGUCGACUUGGUAGAGGUUAUGUUAAGUGGGAAAUCUAGAUUCAGCUCUCAUUAUGCGUCAGAGUGCGUAGAGCUUUUGCCAAAAAAGUUGAGAUUUGAAGAACGUCACUCUCUCCUUAAUCUACUACUUCGUAAAGGUGCAUCCGGGGCGCCCUUGGAUGAGGCGCUAAUCGACGCAGUAGAAGCCGGCGACGUCGAGGCGGUUAAAAUACUUCUCACGCCGCUGUUUCCCGAAGGUAAAAUCGUCGGGGCUAAAGAUAUUCGGAAAGGUCCGCGAAGCAUGGUAUUUGAGAGACAUGAGAUUGCGUCGACAGAUCAUAAAGGUGCCCUAGCGUUGCAGAUCGCUGUGAAGAAAGGGGACGUAGCUAUUGCGAACUUGAUUCUUUCGAAUAAGCCGCCUAAUCCUGUUGCUCUCGCUCAGAUCUUCCCUAGCGUGCGGAAUCUACGCCCCCUUGAGCGGUAUCAGACCUCGGAGUUAUUUCUAAGAGCUGGACUUACUGGACCGUCGGUUCAUUCGGCCCUCGAGAACGCCAUAGACGAGCAACCACCGCACCGAGAUGAGAAGCUCAUCGCCCUUUUCCUUCGUUAUAAUGCAGAUGUAAAUUUUAACGAAGGUCACACUAUUACGGCAGCUAUUUCACAGAAGGAUGUCCGACUCUUAGAACGAUUGCUCAAAAGCAAGCCCACAAUCCAGGUAGCAGCCAAGGCGAUUCCUAGGGCUAUGGAAGUCGAUGAAGGCUCGAUACGGUUUCAAAUGAUCAACAUGCUCUUAGCAGCCGGUGCAUCACAGGGGGGACCUGAAGUAUCGGCAGCUGUCGAGGCAGCGAUACAGAUUGAUCUGCCAGAUAAACGACUGCUUAAAACAUUACUGCAGCAAGGGAAUGCGGAUGUUAAUGUUAAUGAGGGGAUAGCUGUAGAGCGUGCCGCGCUACAUUCCGAUCCGGAAAUUCUAGGAAUGAUUCUAUGUUUAGGGCAGCCCAAUGCUAGUAGCCUAGAACGGGGUCUAAAGAGUAUAGGAAAUCUUCCAAUGUCCACAGGUAAAACCGAAAAGCUAGAUGUGAUAUUACGCCGAACGCAGUCGAAGGAUACGGCCACCAAGCUGCUCUUACAAGAGGUGUUAGCUGUUUUAAAAGUACCUUCGCACGACCAAAAUUUCUCUUCAAUAAAAGUCCUACUAGCAAACGGUGCCGAUAUCAAUGCUAUGAAUGCCGAGGCGUUGUGUCGAGCGGUGGCCGCGGCAAACAUGCAACUGGUAGAGCUUUUAUUCACAGCCACUCCAACCCCUACUUCGAUGGCAUUUGCUAUGCCUCACGCCCUGCGCAUUCGUGAAUUGAUGGAUAGACUAACGUUCGCGCAAAAAAUCCUAGAAGGCGGUAUACCGGCAACUGAAGUGAAUAGAGCUCUCGUCUUUGCCGUCAGUACUUAUCCAGACGACAUACCGCUCAUCAAUACUCUCUUAGCCCGUGCAGAUACUCGAGACGGCCUGGCUUUGAUCGAAGCUGUCAAGGGAGAAAAGUAG